AUGUAUUUCAAAAUUUGGAUAAUUACUGUAAUUAUUGUGACCAUAAUUCAUGAAACAUAUUGCUCCGAAAAAUGUUGUUGCUCAGAAAAAUGUCAAAAGAAUGAUGAUGAAAAGAUGGAAGAUGGUGGAAAUAAGGAUUAUAAUCGAGAAGGAAUUCAUAAUGAAUCACAAUCGACAACGACAACAACAACAACAACAACAACAACAACCUAUCAUUGUCCUCCACUAAAGCGCUUGAAACAAAAAUACCCAAAAUUACCAUUAUGCCCCAAAAAUCCUUCUUGCAAGGCAUCUACAUCAUUAAAAUGUCCGCCAUUCAGAUGUCGACAACCGCUACCGUGUCGUAAAAAGGCCUGUUCUGCAUCAAUGCCACUACAACCUGUAAAAGUCUGUCCACCACCACCACCAUGUCCUGUAACGAUUUCUCCAGUCCUUUUGCCUCCCUGUCCAUCAUUAAUCCAAAAAUCGAAAGUUCAA